CGACGUUUCAUAAUUUUUAUUUUUAUUUCACGUUUAAUUUUUGAAUUCGUAUUUAUUAACCGCUACUUUUACCACUUAAGACUAUUCACUUUGUACGGAUACUUCCAACAGCUCUGACUUCUCCUAUUUCUUUUAUAUAUAUUCCCUGUGUUUACCAAUUCAAAGUCAGACAUUUCAUUUCUCUACUGUGAACCAUUUUCUUCUCUUACAAUUUUACUUCAUCACCAACCUAUUCUGCUUCAAUGGAACCCAUGCCCACACCACAAUCCAUACUUUCUUCAGAUCUGGUUGGCGGAUUCAUUUCUAUGUUUUUGAAAGACCAGGACUGUGGACACGUCGAUCGAGUCUUCAUCAUACGCUAUUGGAAGGACCUUGGUGCUAAAUGGACUGUUGUGGAUUACCAAAGUAAUGUUCACCAUGUUACUUACAACAUGGAUAUUCACACUCCAAUGAUUACUCAAGGCUGGAACCAACUAAGAUCUUUCUAUGGACAUCAGUCAGACAAGUUGGUUAUGUUCAAAUACGUGGGAAAUUCAUCUUUCGUAAUCCACGUCUCUAAACGUUCUGCAAACACAGGAAUCAAGACCAAGUUCCUCAACAAUGUUGCCAUAUGUCGUCCUCUCUCUAUGUCAAACUUAAUCCAUUUUACUGUUGAACUAUCCACAUACUACUGUCAAGCAAGCGACCUGUAUUUGAAGAAAGAAUUUGCUACUUAUUUUCAAAACAGUGGACUUUCUUCUGUUGUUUUACAUGGACCCCGGGGCAAGGUCGAGUGUAAAUUGAUAAUAAGACGUAGGUGUGUUAAGAUAGGAUCUGGCUGGAAAGACUUUUGUGCUCUUCAUCAACUCUCUGUACAGGAUCACCCUGAAUUAUUUUUUGAAGUUGAAAGUCAAAGAACAAGCAGAGAUAUCAAAGUUCUUUAUCCACUUUUUUGGUUUUAAAGUUGUAAUUUUUUAUUUUAUUUAGUUUGAACUUUUUAUA